AUGUUCCCCUCGUCAGCGGCGAUGCUGAAGAAUCUGCAGCAAAGUGCCAUGACCUCGCCCUUCUUGAUGGAGAACCUGCUCCAGAGCAAAGCAUCGCCGGGGACAGACCUUACCAGUCUGACCUUGAACUGGGCGGCGAGUCUGGUGGCGCGACAGCGCGAGAGAGAAUGCGAGGCGAAUCUCAGACUCGUUCGCGACAGAUCUUCUCCCAGCGAUCUCGUCCAGGACCACCUGGAUCAACGAUCCGGCUCGAUUGGCGGGCGCGAUCGCAUGAUGAUCGAUUGCGGCGGCCGGGAUCAGCAGAGAUCCAGCGGCGGUAGAUCCGCCGGUGAGCGGCAACACGACAGGAUGCAGCUUCUUCAGCGUGAAAAGGAGGUUCUAGAUCGGACUCAGAGCGUCUACGUGGACAUGGAGAACGAGAGGAUGGAUGGUCCAGUCGUGGACCGGCUGUGCGCGAUGGAGAGGCUUUGCAACGAGAGGAUCGACAAUCGAUCCAACUCGGGCGUAGAAUCGUGCAACUCGAACGUCGACGAGGACCCGAUUCCGGGCGCCGAGCUGGACGGCGGUCUUCAAGCGGCCGACAGGGAUGAGAUGAUACUGGGUGAGCGGGUCUCCGCGAUCGAGAUAGACAGACGGUACGACCUUGGAUGCAGAAAUGUCAUGCACAUGUCCGACGAGAUGACGAUCGUAUCGGGAGAGAGGGAGACAACGGUGACGGCAGUGGCGGCGGUCGAGCGUGCCGUCGACAGAAUAGGCGAGAGGACCACGAAUACCGUCGCCUGUUCCUGCGGCGAAGAGCAGUGUUCCGGUCCGGCAUGCAGGACCAUCCAGGAGAAGGAGAAGCCGCAGCUCAAGUUCAGCGUUAGCGCUAUACUCGGCGGCAAUCACGAUAGGAGACCGCAUUCCGAUAACUUUCAAGGACUUCCGCCGGAAGCGAUCCCCGCCUUUUUGCAAAAUUUACAAAAUUCGGCAGGUUAUAAUAUCGCCAAACCGAUCGCGAGGCCAGCGGCUUACCAUCCUUAUCACAGGCCGAGUCAUCAACCCCCUCAACGACACUUACCACCGAACGCUCAUCACACGUUGCAACAACUGUUCUACAGAGGCCCAUAUCUGACAGUUGCCGGUUCUGGAACCGGAAGUCAUCAUCCCGGCACACCCGGCGGUGGUGCCGUGUUUCCAGGCGCUAUCCAGGGUAGUAUCGGUGAUUUUUCCGGCACUGGUUUGGUUUUUCCAUGGGCGACGAACGCGCGCGGGAAACCACGCCGAGGAAUGAUGAGGAGGGCCGUUUUCUCGGAUCUUCAGCGUCGCGGACUCGAGAAAAGGUUCCAGAUACAAAAGUACAUCAGCAAGCCGGAUCGCAAGAAGCUUGCCGAGAAACUGGGCCUCAAAGACUCGCAAGUGAAGAUUUGGUUCCAAAAUCGGCGCAUGAAGUGGCGAAAUAGCAAGGAACGAGAGCUUCUAGCAACCGGUGGUUCGCGCGAGCAGACGUUACCAAACAAGAACAAUCCCAAUCCGGAUCUAAGCGACGCUGACGGGGAUCGGCCAAGGAUGGACCUGAGCGACGUGAGUCCGCUCACGAGUCCUCAGAGGCCUGAAGAGCAAACCGAGAACGAAGAGGACGAGGAGAUUAACGUCACGUGAUAAAGCACAUCGCUGGACCCAGCAUUCCGACGAAGUAGCGAUAACUCAUAAUUUGUGAAUCGAGGAGAAUAUACCGGCUGGACCAAAAGAAAAAUUUUAAACAAAUCGCAAAUUCGGUAGGCAUUUGAAAAAAAUUAAAGAAUCUAUAAUUCAGAACUUAACAUUUUCAUUUUUACUACAUGUAUAUUAUCGCAAUUUUUUAGUAUCGAUUAUGUAAUAUAUGAGAGAAUAUACAUUUCCUCCUGACCUCUUUUUAAGCCAUUCAGUAUGCUUUACAGAGAUUAUUUUACAUUGAGAAAUGUAAUUUUACAUUGUACAAAAUUUAAGAUAAUUGUUAAUUUUAAUCAUACAUUUUUCAGCUGACCAAUAUUUUAUUGGCAAUUAUAUUCGUAGAAAAUUGAAUUACAGGGUGUUUUAAAUUCCUUGUAAAACAAUAACGCAAGUUGCAUUAAUGUUUCGUCUCAUGUGAUUCUUGUAAUUUCUAGUGACGUAUCUUCAAUUAUCUAAUAGUCAUCGACAUUUGUCCUUAAUAUCUGUUUUUUCCGUCUUAUAUCACUUAUGGUUUGCUCUACUUAACCGCACAUGUUGUUGGUCCUGAACAAAAGGAUACGACAAAUGAUGUAUUAUAUUGUAAUUAGCGAUGGAUGUACUUUCAAGGAGUCUUCUAUAAGCCAUUGUAUAAGGUUGUAUUAGACAUAACGUUACGAUUCUCCGGAAAUAUGUACCUAACUCUCUAUUCAUAGACCGCGACCGUGCGGCUAAAUCCAAAUGUAAUUACAUUCAUUGUGAUUCAAUAUAAUCUAUGUAAUAUAUUGAAAUAAAACUGUCUAUAUGCGCUAAGUGAUUUAUACUUCUAAAAUCACUUCUAAUAUAAAUGAAAUUCCACAUCUAAUUCAUCGUCUCUUUCU